UUUAGGUUGUAGAGGGUAAGAUCAUGGCGAUGUUUCGGAGUUUGGUCUCCGGCAGUCAGGCGAAACAAGCGUCGGCAGCGCCGGGGGAAAACUUGGCGGAUUCGUACAGCUGCCCCAUCUGCCUGGAGGUCUACCAUAAGCCGGUGUCUAUAGCCAGCUGCGGACAUGCGUUUUGUGGGGAAUGUUUGCAGCCCUGCCUUCAAGUUGUGUCACCUCUGUGCCCACUUUGCCGUAUGCCAUUUGACCCAAAAAAGGUGGAAAAGGCCUCUAAUGUGGAGAAACAGCUUUCUUCUUACAAGGCUCCCUGUCGAGGAUGCAAUAAAAAGGUGACUCUGGUGAAAAUGCGGACUCAUAUUUCUUCUUGCAAUAAAGUUCAGGAGCAGAUGGACAACUGUCCAAAAUUUGUACCAGUUGUUCCUACCACGCAGCCCAUUCCCAGUAAUAUUCCAAACCGUUCCACAUUUGUCUGCCCAUACUGUGGGGCACGAAACCUUGACCAACAGGAAUUAGUCAAACAUUGCAUGGAAAAUCACCGCAGUGAUCCCAACAAAGUGGUAUGUCCAAUUUGUGUGGCAAUGCCAUGGGGAGAUCCAAGCUACAAGAGUGCCAACUUUCUUCAGCACUUGCUUCACAGGCACAAGUUCUCCUAUGAUACAUUUGUGGAUUACAACAUUGAUGAAGAUGCAGCGUUACAUGCAGCAAUAGCACUUUCACUCACAGAGAAAUGAAGCAACUGCCUACACAGAGAUGUAAGCAGACAUCCUUUGCACAGGUCACCUUCUCUCACCUGAGCAAAGUGUGUGCCAAUUUUCCAACAUUCUGUAGGGUACUAUCAUUCUCUGCACUAGCCACCUUCUCUCACCUGGGCAAAAAUAGUGUCUUCGUCCCAGCAUUCAGUAAGGUGCUGUCAUUCCUGGCACAGGUCAUUUUUCUCACCUGUGCAAAGAGAGUGCCAAUUUCUUAGCAUUCUGAUGGAUACUGUCAUUUUCUGCACAGGCCACCUUCUCCCAUCUGGGGAUAGAUAGUGCCCACUUCUUAGUAGUCAAUAGGGUGCUAUCAACCUCUAUAUAAGUUAACUUUUCACACUUGGGCACAGAUCAUACACACUUCCCAGCAUUCUAUAGGGUUCUGGUAGCUCAGCCAGUCAAGUAACCACUUUCGUAACAAGUUUGUUUUUAAAUCACUAGUGCGUGCCUGUACCUGUUGUUCGGUUUUAAAUUUGUUCCUACGUUUUUCUACAUUACAGUUGUUGUACUUUUGUGGGGAAGCUUGUGUGGAAGGGCUGUUUGGUUUACAGUUUAUGUUUUUCAUGUUUUGGGGUUUUUUGCAUUAUAAGAAAUGAAAGUAUAUUUUUAAAAUGGUACAGGAAAGAAUAGAAAACUUGAGAAUUGAGUGAAGAAACCUUUCAUCAGUGCUAUGUAUCAUUUAUCAUGUUAAUAAUCAGAGCUCGAAUUUAACAGUUAGCAGAUGGCAAAUUUAGUGAAAUACAUUGUAAACAAAGAGGUGACAUAGUGGUUUGGCUUUUGCAGCUGCAAUGACAGCAAAGGUGUCAGCAUUCGCUGUCUUUACGACUGUAAAACUGACAGCAACUAUAUGCUCAGUUAAACGUGGAAAUCGAGGAGUUACUGUCAGUGAUUCCCGGGUGCUCCCACAAGGUGCGUUGUUGAAGUCACCACAGAGAGAAAUCUUUAGAACUCACUCGAAAUGAUGUGAACUUGCACUUUUAUGCUGUUGGUCUUGCUGUGAAAAGCCUUGAUAAAGUUAUACCUUGUUGAAUGAGGUGCAGCUGGGUUUUUAAUGGUCUAGUAAGUUCAUAAUUAUUGCUGAACAACCUAUCUGGCCUGAAAAAUACUAAUUUUGUAUUUAUGGAAUGUCAAAUUUCUCCCUUCUGAUAAAUUCCUGAUAUUUAACAUAAUAGUUAGUUUUUAAAGUUUGUUUAUGAUAUUUCAGCUUCCAUCUUAAUUCCAUGUGUAUAUCCCAAUCUUUGUUUCAUUGUUGGUAAAAUGAUUGCAAAAUGAAGGAUAAUCAGUGGUUAUGACUUCCUGGUUUGCUGUCUGUGAGGUUUCUGCAGUGUGAUAGCCUGCCUGGUGAGAUCAAUGUUUCUGAAUGCCAGAAAUCUCUUCGAGCUGACAAUGGAAGGUAAGUAAUGUCGGGUAAAGGUGAGAUCCACGCCACAUAGAUUGGUAGAUCUUUACAGGCAGCUUCCUUUGAAAUCCAUGGCAUUUCGUCACCAGCUGCAAAAUCUGGGUCAGUGUAUAUGUGUAUGCAUGUGCAUCUGGCAAUAUUUAGCUAUCUACAAUGGAUAAUGCAUUUUCAGUUCUGUAUUUAGCCCUGCCAAAUGUAAUCCCUUUGAAAAUCCUGGUAGAUAAGGAGGGGGACAGAAACUGAUCACUUAAGCCCCAUCUAUAUUGUCUUCAGUACAAUGUACAAGGUACUACAACUUUAGCUUUUCUGCUCUAGAAAAUUGUUCAUUUCUUUAAAAGGUUUAUCUGAUUCUUUGAGGUAACGCCUCAUUACCACUAAUUCUCUUACUCUGAAGGAAUUUGUACUUUGCAAUAUUUUAAUUGGCUCGUCCUGACAGCUAAGAUGUAGUUGUGAAUUCUAAUAAAAUUCACAGUAAUUAUUGUAGGGACAGGUCAGGUACUGGAUGUUGCUUAAGUACUGGAUACAAGAGGGAUGGGCAAGAAAUGUUGGCCCUGCCAGCGACACUCACAUCCCUUGAACACAUAAAAUAAAAAUGCACUCAAGAAACAAUGUAUUUUUAGUCAAUCAUCUACGAGUGGUACAGGUCUACUUACUAUUUGGCCCUGAAGUCAGUUGUAGCCCUGCUGUGAUAUUUGAGGAUAAUUGCUCCUGUUCAAAGACACAUUUCCAAUCCUAAGGAAAUCUUUGAUGUAAAACCUUUGCGCUCUUUGAAAUUACGUACUAAAGGUGCAUGUAUGAUUACAUAGGCCAUUCUAUUUGACAUCACACUAUGGCAUUGUGGGCUGAUUAGCAAUUAAACUUUGUGUCAUUUUUCAGAGCAUGUCCAGUGCAUUGUACACCAUAGAGAAAUGUUGUAUGUACUGUACAUAUCAUUGAGACUUUCAACACAUCUGGGUACCAGAGGAUGUUAAUCAAGUAGACCAGCACUACCCAUAUCAAUGAAAAGACAUCGGGGCAAUUGGACAGGGCCCAAAAGUGGGUACAGGGAUUGCAAUACGGGAUUACCUUGUACCUGUUACUUCUGAUGCAGGUCACACUCAAACUCCAUGCUGCUUGCUAAUUUAAAUAAUUACAGAGUGCAGCUGGUGCUAAGUGCACUGUUGCAUGACUGCAUGUCCAGGCAGAGGGUACAAGAUCAUGCAUGAGUUAAAGCUAACCUACCCUACUAUACAUUAUACACUUCUUCAAGGUGAGGUACAUUGUGGCUGGAGUGCGUACUGGAAGUCAUUCGAAAAGCUCAAUAUUGCAGAAAGCGGAUUCCAAGACUUUCAGAUGCUGUACAGGUGGCCUUGGUGGAGGGAAGUGAUCUUUCCAUAGGGGCCCAGAAAACUCUCCAGAUAAAUUUUACAAAGGUAGUGGGACCAGCUAUCUGUGGAGGUAAAUGCCAGGAGCCAAACCACAGGGAUCUGGCUGCAGUUAUGCAAAAAAUUUCAAUGACUUCGAAUCUUAGUUAUCUUUAAAUGCCAUAUCUCACCAACUGCAGCACUCGCUUCACAUACUGCUCAAUCCACCACACUGCCAUCGUUCACCUACCAAUAAUCUCUAUCAGUCAGGACUCAUACCUAACAUUCAUCGCUUCACCUCAGACCCACACAUUCAGUAUUGCUGUAAGCUUCACAUCCACCUCACAGCUUUCACACACCCAGCUAUUUGAUAAUAACAGCCACAACCCCUAAAGACAUUGCACCACACUCACUGACACACUUCCUUCUCUCUUGCAGGACCAGGUGGCAUAUAACUGAAACCAGUGGGAUCUAAUCAGCAGGGGAGAGGCAGAUCAGGACCCUGCCCACUGCCCUUAAUAGGAUGGCAAUGCAGGGGUGUGACCAAUUAGAAGGCUACUCCGGGAAGACUGUGCCAUUGGGAUCUUCCAGUAUGUGCAGGCUGUAGCACCAUUUGGCCUCAACAUUGGAGCCCUGAAGCUCAUGGGAAAAUCCCAACCCAUUGUUUCAGUGCAACAAUGGUGUGCUGUAUGGUAUUUCAUCUGGCGAUGUAACUUUCAUUGUAUGCAUGGUAUGCAUUAAUACAUGCAAUUUUACAGUGUACAUUGAUGCAUGUAGUUUUUGUUCUCUGCAUAUCCUGUUGCUAUUUAAGAAGCAGGAAACAUUUCUUUGAAGAGUGGGCUUAGUUGAUGAGCUAGGGUAAAAGGAACAUUGGCAACUUCCAGUUCUCUUUACAAUUUUCUGUUUACCGAUUCAUAAGUUUAUAAGUUAGGGUCAUUUCCCAUGAAUUCAGAAAGAAGGAGGCAAUAAAACAAUUAUUGUAACAGUUUCAGAUAACUUGAGAAGAUCGAGUACGUGAAAUCACACGGAUUUGUCUUAUCAACAGAGGAGCAACUGGUUGGAUAGCAGCUGCUUUAGCCAACUGUGUGUGCUUGUAACUGAACAUGAAUUAGCAGCUUCCUGAUGGACAAUAUUUAAUGUCAUUGCACCAAGCACAAUGGGAUUGUAGGGAUAGCAGAGAUGAAUGGCUGUGUCCGUUCUUUAUUAAAUUUGAUCUUGUACUUGAAAGCUCCUGCAUUCUUCAAAGACUCCUCGCUGAUUUUCUGCUGCUUUGGGGAAUGAAACAGUCACUGUUAAUUUUAUGUUCCGGUGCCAUUGUUGGUGAAAGUAAACACCACAAAGAGGUGUUUUGUAUAAUUGCCCAAUAUGUGCAUUCAAUUUCACAAGCCAAUAUCCCUUGAAUAUGAUCCACUAUUUUUCUUUUGUGCCUCAAAGACUGUAUCCUAUCACGUCUGACUUACCUGGAUAAGGCCUUGCUUUAUGUUUUAUGUUUGCAGUUAUAUUUGCUGAUCUUUUUCUUCCCAUGUCAGUUUCUUCCCAUUUCACAGCCUUCCUGUACAGCUCCAAUUAGGUAAUGCAUUCGUAAAUGCAGCAUAUAUUCUUAGGAGCCCAGCUAGCACAUGCGCAGUAAAGCACUCUGGAAACAACCUUGAAUCUUGCACAAACGCAGUAACUGUUUAUGGCCACCAGAGUGCAGGGAAACUUUUCUGUAAAGUUAAGAGUUGAGGUCAUGAGCUGAACCUUAAAUCCUUGUGAUUCACGGAAAAUCCAGGAGAAUUAACAUAUCUGGAACUCUAUUCUAAAUGAAGCACAAAAUAACUAUGGUGUGUGCAGUUGCUUUAUUGAGUCUUGGUAUUUUCAUUGCGCUGAUAGUAAUAUUUUAAAGAAUAUAAAACCAAAGUGGGUAAAUGGGAGUUAAGAUGCAGAUCAACCAUGAUCUAAUUGGCUGAACAGGUUCAAGAGGAUGAAUGGCUUACUCCUAUCCUGUGUUUUAUUUUUUGCAUGCUAAAUCAGUGGUGCUGGAAAUUUCAUAUCCUGCAUUUACAUAGUUUGCAUCCAAAUGGAUCGCAAGUCUUCGCCACUAAUCAGAAAAAAUCAGGCUGGCGUGGGAACCUCAGAAUUAAAUUCGAGCUCUGAAAACAUGAUUUUAUUUUAUUUCUUUGUACAUGUGAUUUACAUUUGGUAAAUGUGAGAUACCAUCCUGAGCCAUUCCUUGUAAUCCAAGCUGUGUGGUGGAUCUGCGGGUACCUCCUAACUGUCCUGAAAUAAUAUGAUUCUCAUAUGUUCAAGAGGGAGCACAAAUAGCCAUUUAGAUAAACAUGAGUCAGAUAAAUCAUUAAGAUAAGAUCCUUCACAUUAGCAACUGGCUGAACCAAAAAAAAACUACUGAAGCUUGUGUGCUGAAUUAAUUUUUUAAAGCAGCACACUCGUCAAGCUAUUUGUACAGGGUAGUAACUGGAAGAGCAGCUAAACUACAUAUUAAAAACCAUUGAGUGUGAUUUGCUUUAGUUUCAGACAUCUUCACUCCACUUUAUCUCCAGGUUCAGAUAGAAAUGACUGAAAGGAAACAAAGGUCCAUCCUCUUGUAGCAGGUGUAGUUAGUCACAGAUUAGCUGAGAUCAAUCACUUUCAGCCCAUCAACCCGAAUGUGAACUAACAAAAAAUGUCACUGAGCUCAAAAGGCUCGUCUUUGAAAAGGCCUGGAUGGAAGACGUAAGGAAUGGAAAUUCCAGUUGCUAUGAACCUCAGAAAGGUUUUUCUACAGUGUUUUAGGGCAGUACAUUUUAGGAAGAGGUUAAGUAGGGCUUAGCCAUAUGGGGGAAUCCAGCAAUCUAAAUGAACAUGAAGUAUGCACUUGGAUAGUAGGAAUCAAAAUCAAAAAUCCGUUUAUGUAGCUAAGUAUUUAAUAUCCAAAUUCUAAUUGAAAAAUUGGAUUUUGGUUUGCAAUAGUGACAGUAGAAAAAAUGUAACUUUAGUUUGUACUGCCAUUGGGAUAAAAAGAAAACCAUUAAAUUCUCCUUCAAUGUUACAUCCUCCACCUUACUGAGCACAAAGAGAGAAAACUUCCAAUUCAUUAUUUUAUAAAAGUGAUUUUGAUGUAGCAAAAAUGAUAUAACUGUGUGAACGAGAUUUAAUUAAUAAAUGUGUGAGAUCAGUGUUUGAAAUUGUUUGGACAACUAGUAGAAUUUUCUGGUGACUUGCAAUUUAUAUUUGCAAAUAUAAAGGCAUAUAAGAUAAGUUAUUUUUCUUCUAAUUCUCUUAAUUUAUUAUUUUACUUAAUUUUAAAUUCUUAUUUAAUUUCAUUGCAACAUUAAUUUUUAUGCUUAUAGCUCACUAGAAAAAGAAUAUUAGUUACCAGUAACUUUGCUAGCUGCUAGUCUUUAUUUUGAACACUGUAUGAUAUUGUAUCUGCAUAGGAAUUGUAAUGUAGGUAAAAAGAUUUUUCCCAUUGUUAUAGUCAUGCAAUUAGACAUGCAAUUCUGAAUUUUAAAUUGGCUUCUAUUGAUACUUUAUUUUAAAUUUAUAAUGCCUUUGCAUCUAACGUAAGCCAAGUUACAAUACAUGAGCAUGUAAAAAUGUCAUCUGGGACUAGCCAAUGGUGAAAUCAAGUUUGCCUGAUUUCAUUGAGGCAAGGCCACUGAGCUAGUUUUGCUGUGAUUUCUUCACUUAUCAUUCCAGUUCAGUUACAACCCUGCGACCGCAGACCGUGAGAUACAGAUUCCACAUUCUUCCAUCAAGCUGCAAAAAAUGACUAUAGAAAACUUAUGCUAUAAUACAAACCUUGUCUAAUUUUCUAAUAUUUUUAAUGUACUACAGUGCACAUUUUCAAACUAGUUUUUUAGAAAUUGUUUGUUGCUGUGUGAAGUUAGUGUGUACAUUUGGAUAUUUUGUAAAUAAAAUUUUGCUUGUUCAGCAA